AUGAGGGAGAUUGCGUGCAAGUGGGUCAAGGAGAACGGAUUGACUUGGGAAGGCUGGGUGCCCAGGAGGACUGAUUGCGAUGCCGGCUUCGGUUUGGUUAACUACCAGGGCGACUUUGUGAGCUCUCUUGAAUCGACUGUCAGCUGCAAGCCGUGCCCAUCCGGCCACUUCUCCGACUGGACGAACACCUCUGGGGGAAUCUCGGGUGGCUCAUAUGUCUGCGUUGCCUGCCCGGCAGGCUCCUUCCAAGCGCUCCCGGGCAAGUCCUUGUGCGAUGACUGUGCCCUGGGCCACGCGGCAGAUGAGGCGGGUGCCACGGAGUGUGGCCUCUGUGAUGUGGGCACUUUCGCAGACCAGGAGGGAAGCACGGCCUGCAAGAGCUGUGGAGACGACACCUGGACCACGAAGGAGUUGGCGGCGGUGGAUGUGGAUCAGGGACAGGGCAGCAACGGUGGUGGUGCUCGUCGGUGGAUCGAAGUACGCGGGGCUGUCUCCAAAGAUGUUUGUUCAUGCGUAGAAGGCCGCCACUUUUGGCAGAACCAGUGCGAGUUGUGUCUGGAGGGCGCGACUUGUCUUGGACCUACGAACCUCACGCUCGACCCGGGCUUCUUCGCUUUUGCAGAGGAUCCCAACACCGUCUUCCGCUGCUUCGGCAGCUCGCGGCGCUGCCCGGGUGGACUUCCCGGCAGCUGCGCCCCGGGUCGUGACAACCAGAGCCUGGCCUGCGCCUUGUGUCUGCCGGGCUUGCAUGACAACUACGACGGUAGCUGUGUGAUGUGCGAUGACGUCGACUGGCUAAUCCUGGCUGUGCUAGCCAGCCUCCUCUUCCUCGUGCCCUCGGCAGUGCACGCUUUCACACUGGCCAUGCAGCUCACUCCUGUUGGCCACAGCCUGAUGGAGGUCACCUUUGGCGUGGGCCAGAUGGUGACCAGUGCUCAAGUGCUCGUCAUUAUGCAGCAGGGUAUCCAGUGGGGAGAGCCCUUCAUCCGCCUCCUGGAGUCCCUGGAGUUCGUCUCGCUGGAUUUCCUAUGGCGAAUCGUCAACUCUGUGAAUUGCGUGGUCAGCUUCACACCCGAGCUCCGCUUCUUCAGCCAGUCCCUCCUCUUCCCCAGCAUCUUCCUGCUGGUGCCGAUGGCGACGCACGUGGUCUACGUCCGCUGCUGGCGGCAAGGCCAGACGCAGCAGUUCCACCUGCUUCGGAAGACGCUGGGCAGCUUGUCCGUGCUCUUCUUCAUCCCCGCCUUAUCCUCGCUCCUUGCGCCCUUCCGCUGCGACGUGCACCCGAGCGAUACGCGGACGAUGCAGGUCUACGAGUCUGUGGAGUGCGACUUUUCCGGGAGCCACCUGCGCAUGUGUCUGAUGGGUGGUGUGGUGAGCCUCUGUUUGCUAUCCUUCCUUGUCUUCGUUUUCUGGCUGGUCUACGUGGAGCUGCCAAAGAGGCUUGAAGCCUUCGAUGUGGAGUUUCUACGCAGCUUCUCCUUUCUGUGGGCACGCUUUCGGCCUGGGUCGGAGGCUUUCGCGUUGUUCUUCCUUGUUCGGAAUGCAGUGAUCGUCGUUUCACCGCUGCUGCCCUCAUCCUUCUCAAGCCUCUUUUUCAUCAAGUUCGUACUUUACAUCAGUUUUUGCGCGAUCGCAUUUUUCAAGCCGCUUCGAACGACGGCUACGCUCUACCUGGAAUUGGUCAUUCAUGUCGGCUUCAUGGUGAUCCUGGAUAUGGGGAUGCUCUUCAUGCCGCAAGAGGACACUUCUUUCGUGAUGGUCGCUUGCAUGCUGGUAAGCCUUCUCGUGCUGUUGGUGAUUUUGUUGAUGGUGGCCCAAGCCGUUUUCCAGAAGUGCCGGUCAACGUAUCGUAGGGAGUUUCACUUCUUCAUCAGCCAUCAGAAAAGUGCUGCAGGCAGCUUGGCAAGGCUCUUCAAGAUAGAGCUCAGCAAGUGUGGCUUCCGCUGCUUCAUUGAUUGCGAUGACCUUACGGAUCUGACGAGGCUUUUUUCGUACGUGAGCCAAGAUGUGGAGACACUUGCAGUCUUGGCUUCCGGUGAUUUUCUGACCAGAAAAUGGUGUGUCGGCGAGCUCGUGACUGCGCGGCUUCACGGUGUGAAGACUAUGCUGGUUGCUCUGCCGGAUUUCACGAUGCCCGACGAGCGUUUCGUUGCAUCGUACACUAGUCUUGCCCCGAAGAUCAAGGAGCUUGCAGUUUAUGGCAUCGGCAUGGCGGAAAUUCACGAGACGUUGCUUUGGCUGGGGACUCUGGAAAAGUUUGACCUCCAAUGGUUGAGCAACGAUCCCAUUCCCGAGGUGGUGUCAUGGCUGACGGGAAUGCGCGGACACAGCCCCAACCGGCUGCCGUUGACCAAGAAUUCCUCAGCCUCCACAGAUUUAUCUGUGACCCGGGUGGUGUCGAACAUGUCCGAGUGCUUGAUUCUCUGCGACACCACGAACAUGGAGGCCAUGGCAGCCGCCCAUGUGCUCUACGCAUUGCUGGGCGUGAAGAUGAUGGAGCUUUCUAUGAAGACGACGCUCCGGAUCUUGCUGGGAGAGGAUGAAGUUUUUGGAUCGGGGGAGAGUCAGGUGCUAUUCCUCUGCACGGCAGGGUGUUUGGAGGUGAAGCAGGUGGCCUCCUGUCUCGUGCAGCUGAACCUGGACUCCAGCUGGAUCCUCCCGGUGCUUGCGGAGGAUUCGUUUCAGAUCCCAACGUUCCACGAAGCCAAGCUGAGCUACGACAUCGAGGGCGUGGAUAUGGAACGCUACAGUUACAUGUUGGAGGCCACCUUCCACGAAAUCUCGGUGCCCUUCACCCCCAGGAGCUCCAAUGCCCGGCAGCUCGACCUCCAGGCCAAAAUCAUAGCCGAGCGCCUCACGCACAGCCACCAUGCUCUCCGUACCAAGCAUAUCACCUCGUCCCAGGAGCUGGCAGGUUUGGUUUCGCCCAUGACCAGCUCCGGUGAGGGGCUCCAGGGGCUCUGCGAGGACGUCCUCAGCCCUAUGUCGCCUGUGCCCACCAGUCCUGCCGAAGAGUCAGAGGCAGCCACUCCUGCGGAAGAGGUUUAUCUGGAGCUCUGA